AUAGCCGGAAGCAAAAGAAUCCAAAGAGCUGUGGCUUUGAAAUUGCCCUUAGACCCGAAAGUCAUUUAAGUUUAUAAAUGUGCUAGUUCCCAUCAGAUGCCUCUGGUGAUCCCUGUAGCUCCCUGGAAUGUCUCUUCCCCCUCAGCGGCCGCCUCCUCCCCCGGAGUCGGGGAAUCCAGCUAGUGGUCCUGGAGGAUCGCAGGACCCAGUGGCGCACGAGGCUGAACAGGAAGCCACUACUGCGGCUAGGACUGAAUCUCGGUUCCACGAGCAGGUCGAAGCCAGUACACCCUAUCCAUCGCAGGUUGGGCACAAUGGCGGUGGCGAAUCAGACAAGAAUCUUCUUGAAUCUGCCGAGGGCCAUGCCCAAGGAGCGCGUGACCAGGAUCAGCCUAAUCCUUUCGAGCCCCCUACAGGGACAACACCGCCUCCUGCCCGUAGCAGAGACGGGCAUCCACGGAUGGCCCGACGCGCCACCACGAUUCUGCGUCCCGCAACAAAUGCGUCCGAAAUUGACUGGAUUGUCCCAGUUGAUAAGACGCGUCAGAAAACUUAUGGAGAAAGGAUCCAACCAACGAUCGACGCUGCUGAAGAAGAGAAGAAGAAAUCCUACAACAGAGCUAUCAUGACAGGCUAUGCUCUUAACAUAGCCAUUGGCCUCCAAGUGCUCCUGGGUGCUCUGACCACUGGCAUAGCCGCUGCACUUCAGACUGGUAGACAGGCUCAAGUUUCCACUUCGAUACUAGGUGGUCUAUCGACGCUCGUUGCAUCAUACCUUGCUCGGGCAAGAGGUUCUGGCGAGCCCGAAUUAUCUAACAUCCGCGUCCGGGAGUUGGAUCAUUUCCUGCGGGAUUGCCAGGCAUUCAAGCUGGACCAUGCUCACGAAACGCACAAUGAGGAGCUGGAAAGAAAAUGCUAGAUUUUCGGCACAAGUUGGAAGUGAUUCUUGGGGGGGCCAGCGGGUACGUCGCGUGUUCGAUUGAAUUAUUAGCUGUGCUCGUGACUAAAUGGCUGUCAGUGAGAGAAAAGGGUCACCCAACGUCUAGUGAAUUUGAAUUCCGGCAGCAUUUCUUGGUCUCCCCUUACACCUCUGCCCGAGGUUUGUUCGUUUAAUUUACCCGGCCAUUCCUUAGUGCACAUACUACUACUUUGCCAUUCCUUGAAUUUUGUCGUGGUACAAUAUUUUGUUUUUGCGAUCGAUACCCCACACUAGGUGAUUACCCAGUCGAGCUUAUUCAUCACGUGAUCCAUGAUGUUGCUGGCCCGUAAGGACUUAAAAAGAGUAU